AUGGAGGGACCAGAAGCAGAAACAGGACGAACGGUCUCGGACGUGGAAGCAGUGUUGGAUUUUCUACGCAAAAAUGGGUUAAAGGACGCAGAGUUGGCUCUUAAAGAGGACAUGAUUGAGAGAAAUACUGAAUUGGGCUCCUUUGACUUUGAGAAGUUCUUGUUUGUCUUGCCACCGGUGAGAAUUCCGGCGAGUGUCCGGGGACUGGAGGUGGAAGAAGUUGAUGGAAGAGUUGAGCGGUUGAGAUCGAGUUCUGGGUCGCCGUCCGACGAUGAAUUUGUUAGCUUGGGGUCUUCUACUAGUGUCAGUGGUGCGUACUCUUCAGAGUUCUCAAAUCCGUAUGGACUUCAUUCUGCAUCUCAGGCUAAUUCAGAUACUUCAUCUGAUAGGCUGUCUCAGUUUGGCACUGCACGUGAUUACCCUGAUUUCGAUAUGCAGAAUGACUUCUAUUGGUAUGAUGAGAAAGAGGAGGGCUACUUCAUGACUCCCUGCUUCAAUGGGAUGGACUACUUUGGUUGUCCUAGUGAGGAUAAGUUUGUCAUGACAUCUGAGACAGGGAAGCAAUUUGAAAAUUCCAAGGGUUUGUAUGAUAAAUCAGAAGGUGAAACAGAAGGAACAACUGAUUACUUGGAUAAGCAGUGUCUUUUCAAGGUGACAUCUGUGAAUAAUAAAAACGAGGCUCAAUCUAUUGCUUAUUACCAUUUUGAUAAAAGAAACCAGCUAGAAGGAGACAUUGAGGGGGAUGGUAAUUCAUCCCCCAAUUGCAAAAGCUGUGCAGAAACAGGAGGGAUUUAUGGAAAGAAUCAUGUUGACUGUAUCUACUCGAAAUCCAAAGGAACUGAUUUAGGUGACUUACAGUUAAAAGUCCGGGAAAGCCCAACUCAUUACAAUAUAGCUCCUGUGCAUAUGGAAAACGAGAAUGCUAACUACUAUAGUAAGAAAGGUUUCAAAAGUGACUGGAUUGAAGGGUUUAAAAGUACCUCUGACAUCAUAGAAGAGGGAAUUGAUGACUUUGAAGUUGGAGAUGGUGGAGAAGUGAAUGGAGAAGCCCACCAACUUGUGGCUGCUAUAGGUGGAGAAGAUGUUACUGCUGAUGAGCUUUUGAUGUACUGUAACCAGGAGGAUGAAUAUGAAAUAUUCAAUCUGCGAGUUAUACACAGGAAAAACAGGACUGGAUUUGAGGAAAACAAGGAUCUGCCCAUUGUGCUAAAUACUGUCAUUGCAGGCAGAUAUUAUGUCAUGGAAUACCUAGGUUCAGCUGCUUUCAGUAAGGUCAUUCAGGCACAUGAUCUUUACACAGGAAUAGACGUUUGCCUGAAGAUCAUUAAAAAUGACAAAGAUUUUUUCGAUCAGAGUCUAGAUGAAAUUAAACUUCUGAAGAUAGUGAACAAGCAUGAUCCGGCUGAUGAACGUCACAUUUUGCGCCUCUAUGACUACUUUUAUCACCAAGAGCAUCUCUUCAUCGUUUGUGAACUCCUUAAGGCGAACUUGUAUGAAUUUCAGAAAUUUAAUCAAGAAUCAGGUGGUGAAGCUUAUUUCACUCUGAGCAGAUUGCAGGUCAUAACCCGUCAAUGUUUGGAGGCACUUGAAUACUUGCAUCACUUGGGAAUUAUUCACUGUGAUUUAAAGCCCGAAAACAUUCUUAUAAAGAGUUAUAGGAGAUGUGAGAUAAAGGUUAUUGAUCUCGGAAGCAGUUGCUUUAAGUCGGACAACUUAUGCCUAUAUGUACAAUCUCGCUCCUAUAGAGCCCCUGAAGUUAUUCUAGGUCUCCCUUAUGACCAAAAGAUUGACUUAUGGUCUCUUGGCUGCAUCUUGGCUGAGCUGUGUUCUGGGGAAGUGCUCUUUCCAAAUGAUGCGGUUGUAAUGAUCCUUGCACGCAUGAUCGGUAUGCUGGGUCCUAUAGAUUCAGAUAUGUUGGUGACAGGACAGGAAACGCACAAAUACUUUACAAAAGAAUAUGGUCUCUAUCAUUUAAAUGAGGAGACAAAUCAAGUAGAAUACCUUAUUCCUGAGGAGUCCUCACUGGAGCAUCAUCUCCAAAUUUCUGAUGUUGGAUUUGUUGAUUUCGCUAGAAACUUGCUUGAGCUCAAUCCCCUGAGGCGUCCAACUGCAAGGGAGGCACUGGAGCACCCAUGGCUUUCACAUUCAUACUGA